AUGGACUCCUCGAUUUUGGAAGGGAUCAGUUAUCCCUAUUACACCGUCGCAGUCGUCAUACCCGUUCUCUCAGCAAUCACCAUCGUCCUCGACAUCCCAAUGCUCAUCUGGCAUUGCCACCAGCGCAAUCUAGCCGCCACGAGCCUCGUCCUCUGGAUCAUGAUCAUGAACCUCGUCAAUGUCAUCAACGCGAUCAUCUGGCCACGCGACAACCUCACCGAAUGGUGGAACGGCAACGUUCUCUGCGACAUUGAGUCCCGGCUCGUCAUCGGCGCUUGGGUCGCUCUUCCCGGUGGUCUUGCAUGCAUCCUUCGCAGGCUGGCAAAAGUCCUGGAUACCAAGAACAUCGUAGUGGCUCCAUCACGCGCCCAUCGGAUCCGGGAACUCGUCUUCGAUCUUCUCUGGUGCUGGGUUUUCCCCGUGCUGUCCAUGGUCAUGUACUACUUCGUGCAAACCAUCCGCUACUUCAUCUACGGCAUCCAAGGCUGCGGCCCCGGCUUCCACACCAGCUGGGCAUCCGUCGUCUUCGUCUGGAUCUGGCCACCAAUCAUCGACAGCUUUGCGGCCUACUACUCCGUCGUCCUCGUCUACCGCCUCUACAAGUACCGCUCCCAGUUCAGCCACCUCGUCAACGCCCGCGGCCAGACCAGCUCCCGCUUCCUCCGCCUCUUUGCCGUCACCUUCAUCAUUUGCAUAGGCACUCUGCCACUGCUCUUCUACAUCCUUUACGACAACGCCAGCGUCCUCCGCACUCAAAACGAGGCAUACGACUGGGGUCGUGUGCACGAGCACACAGGCGACACCGUCCUCUACGUACCCAGCAAUGGCAAGGUCCGCUACGAGGUCUGGAUCCGCAUCGCAAACGGCUAUCUCAUCUUCCUCCUCCUCGGCACCGGCGCAGAAGCAUACCAGCUGUACAAGGGAUGGUUGGUCAAGCUGGGCCUCGGGAAAGUGGUGCAGGCAUUAGAAUCGAGCACGGCGUCAGUCAAGACGAGCUGGCUCUCUGUUUCGGAGAAGACGAAGACGGCGUUCAAGUCCAAGGUCUCGCAUGCCUCGUCGUCUGAGGCUACCACGGUCACGGAUAGUUCUCAAACCGCCUCUAUCGGCCAGACUUCCACGACUGAGUCAAUGCUCAAGCACCCAGUUGCGAACACUACGACGAAGAAGCCGUCCGCUUUCAAACGCCUGUUCCAGUAUUCCUCCGCCCGUCCAAACAUCCUCCCCAUUUCCGUCAUCGACACCGAAGACACUUCCAAUAUCUACUUUCCCAAGUCCGCGAAAACCGCAAAGGCAGCCAGCAAGUGGCGAGAUUCGGAUCAAUCUGCUUCCUCUUCGAAACCCCAGCUCGACAUGGCGCUCGUCUCUGGCUCCCCCGGCAUCGUUGCGCAUGCAUGGUCGACGGAGCGAUCGCCGUCUACUGCGGAGGGACUGAAGGAUAACGCGGUGACUGUGCGGCAUGAGGUCCUUGUAGAGAGUGAGAAGGGUCGUAAGGUAGAGGUUUAAACCGCCUCCUGGUGUAACUCUUCAAAGGAAGGGUUGUGAAGAGGAAGGUCGGAGUCGAGUCGCCUCUGGGGCAUGGAGUUGAGUGCCUGGAGAAACACAAUCUUUGCUGCAUUUACGAGCGUUGCAUAACUUUCUUUUGUCUUCUUUCUUUCUUUAAUCAGCUGCAGGUUUCGAUAGGCCUGUCAGAGCAUUUGCAUCGAGUUGGCUUUGCUGAUAGGUCAAGGUGUCUGUAUUACGGAUGGAGCGAAU